ACUCUAGUUGGCUUGCUUUCCAUAGUUUGGUUCUGUCGUUUUAAAAAGUCCCUACCUCUUACCUCCGGACUCCAAUCCUAGAGCUGACUGAGGCAGUGAGUGUUUGGGAGCCAAGCCUGCACGGCGGCCGUCGUCCGGGCGUCCCACCUCCUCGCAGCAGGUCGGGCGCUGCGGUCCCAAGAGCAUCGCGGAGAUGAGGAGCAGGAGCAAUUCCGGAGUCCGCUUGGACGGAUACGCGCGGCUGGUGCAGCAAACCAUCCUGUGUUACCAGAAUCCUGUCACGGGGCUGCUGUCAGCCAGUCAUGAGCAGAAGGACGCCUGGGUGCGGGAUAACAUCUACAGCAUCCUGGCUGUGUGGGGCCUCGGCAUGGCCUACCGCAAGAAUGCCGAUCGUGACGAGGACAAGGCCAAGGCCUACGAGUUGGAGCAGAACGUGGUGAAACUGAUGCGAGGUCUUCUCCAGUGCAUGAUGAGACAGGUGGAUAAGGUGGAGAAGUUCAAGCACACUCAGAGUACCAAGGACAGCCUGCAUGCCAAAUACAACACCGCCACCUGCAGCACUGUGGUGGGCGACGACCAGUGGGGCCACCUCCAAGUGGAUGCCACCUCCCUCUUCCUCCUGUUCCUGGCUCAGAUGACUGCCUCGGGUUUACGUAUAAUUUUCACCCUUGAUGAGGUAGCCUUCAUACAGAAUCUUGUUUUCUACAUAGAAGCUGCAUAUAAAGUCGCUGAUUAUGGAAUGUGGGAACGUGGAGAUAAGACUAAUCAAGGCAUUCCAGAGCUGAAUGCCAGCUCUGUAGGAAUGGCCAAGGCAGCCCUCGAGGCAAUUGAUGAACUGGACCUUUUUGGAGCCCAUGGAGGUCGCAAGUCCGUGAUCCACGUCCUGCCUGAUGAGGUCGAACACUGCCAGUCCAUUCUGUUCUCCAUGUUGCCAAGAGCAUCGACGUCCAAAGAGAUUGAUGCUGGGCUUCUUUCCAUUAUUUCUUUCCCGGCCUUUGCAGUGGAAGAUGUGAACCUUGUGAAUGUGACCAAAAACGAAAUUAUUUCCAAGCUCCAGGGACGUUAUGGAUGCUGUCGCUUCCUUCGAGAUGGUUAUAAAACCCCGAGAGAGGAUCCAAACCGAUUGCAUUAUGACCCUGCUGAACUCAAGCUCUUUGAAAACAUUGAAUGUGAAUGGCCUGUGUUCUGGACUUAUUUCAUAAUAGAUGGGGUCUUCAACAGUGAUGCCGUUCAGGUGCAAGAGUACCGCGAGGCCCUGGAGGGAAUAUUAAUCCGGGGCAAGGACGGGAUCCGCCUGGUGCCUGAGCUCUACGCCAUCCCACCUGACAAGGUGGAUGAAGAGUAUAAGAAUCCUCACACAGUGGACAGGGUUCCUCUGGGGAAGCUGCCCCAUCUGUGGGGUCAGUCCUUGUACAUCCUCAGCUCCCUGUUGGCAGAGGGAUUCCUGGCCACUGGUGAAAUUGAUCCCUUAAAUAGAAGAUUUUCCACUUCCGUCAAACCUGAUGUUGUAGUACAAGUGACUGUUUUGGCAGAAAACAACCACAUUAAGGAGUUGCUGAAGAAACACGGGGUGAACGUCCAGAGCAUUGCUGAUAUUCACCCAAUCCGAGUCCAGCCAGGCCGGAUUCUUAGUCACAUAUAUGCCAAGCUGGGACGAAAUAAGAAUAUGAAAUUGAGUGGGCGACCGUAUCGGCACAUUGGUGUCCUUGGAACAUCUAAACUAUAUGUGAUUAGGAACCAGAUUUUCACUUUUACCCCCCAGUUCACCGACCAGCAUCACUUCUACCUGGCGCUGGACAACGAGAUGAUCGUGGAGAUGCUGAGGAUCGAGUUGGCCUACCUGUGCAGCUGCUGGCGGAUGACAGGCAGACCCACGCUCACCUUCCCCAUCACCCACACCAUGCUCACAAAUGAUGGCUCGGACAUUCAUUCUGCUGUUCUUUCUACAAUUAGAAAACUAGAGGAUGGAUACUUCGGAGGAGCUAGAGUAAAAUUAGGGAGUCUUUCGGAAUUUCUCACCACCUCUUUCUACACGUAUCUGACCUUCCUGGACCCAGACUGUGAUGAGAAGUUGUUUGACGAUGCCAGCGAAGGGAGCUUCAGUCCUGAUAGCGAUUCAGAUCUGGGAGGAUAUGUGGAAGACCCCUGUAAUCAAGAAAGCCAGGAUGAACUUGACCAGUAUAUCAACCACCUCCUGCAAAGCACAUCCUUGAAGUGUUAUCUGCCACCUCUUUGUAAGAAGACAGAGGACAGCCAUGUUUUCAGUGCCAUCCACUCCACUCGGGAUAUACUUUCUGUGAUGGCAAAAGCAAAGGGUUUGGAAAUUCCAUUUGUUCCCAUGGCUUUGCCAACUAAAGUUCUAAGUGCCCACCGUAAAUCUCUGAAUCUUGUUGACUCUCCUCAGCCACUCCUAAAAAAGGCUCCUGAGGAUGACUUCCAGUUUCCCAGAGACGACCGUGGCAACGUGGACUGUGAGAAGCUGGUUGAGCAGCUGAAAGAUUGUUCGAACCUGCAGGACCAAGCGGACAUUCUCUACAUUCUGUAUGUAAUAAAGGGUCCCAGCUGGGACACAAAUCUCUCUGGGCAGCACAGGGUCACCGUGCACACCCUCCUGAGCGAACUCUACGGGAAAGCUGGCUUGAACCAGGAGUGGGGUCUGAUCCGCUACAUCUCUGGCCUGCUCCGGAAGAAAGUGGAGGUCCUGGCUGAGGCCUGCACGGACCUGCUGUCGCACCAGAAGCAGCUCACGGUGGGCCUGCCGCCUGAACCCCGGGAGAAGACCAUCUCUGCGCCUCUUCCCCCAGAGGAGCUCACCAAACUCAUCUAUGAAGCCAGCGGGCAGGACAUCAGCAUCGCUGUCCUCACACAGGAGAUUGUGGUGUACCUGGCCAUGUACGUCAGGGCGCAGCCCAGUCUCUUUGUGGAGAUGCUCAGACUCCGGAUCGGACUGAUCAUCCAGGUGAUGGCCACGGAGCUGGCGCGGAACCUGAACUGUUCAGGAGAAGAAGCUUCUGAAAGUUUGAUGAACCUCAGCCCUUUUGAUAUGAAGAACCUCCUGCACCAUAUUUUAAGCGGGAAGGAGUUUGGUGUUGAAAGAAGCAUGCGACCCAUCCACUCCUCCACGUCCAGCCCUGCCAUCUCCAUCCACGAGGUGGGACACACGGGAGUCACCAAAACCGAGAGGAGUGGUAUCAACAGGCUGAGGAGCGAGAUGAAACAGAUGGCUAGGCGAGUUAGUGCUGAUGAACAGCUCUUUUCUGUGAGCCAGGCCACGUCGAGCAGCGCACACUCCUCCAAGUCCGCGAGGUCCAGCACCCCAUCCUCACCCACGGGCACGUCGUCAUCAGACUCAGGUGGGCAUCACAUUGGCUGGGGGGAGCGGCAGGGCCAGUGGCUGCGCAGGAGAAGGCUGGACGGGGCCAUCAACAGGGUCCCCGUGGGAUUCUACCAGAAGGUGUGGAAGAUCCUUCAAAAGUGCCACGGUCUGUCCAUCGACGGUUACGUGCUCCCGUCCUCGACGACACGAGAGAUGACCCCGCAGGAGAUCAAGUUCGCUGUCCAUGUGGAGUCCGUGUUGAACCGAGUGCCGCAGCCCGAGUACCGGCAGCUGCUGGUGGAGGCCAUCAUGGUGCUGACGCUGCUUUCGGACACGGAGAUGGGCAGCAUCGGGGGCAUCAUCCACGUGGACCAGAUCGUGCAGACGGCCAACCAGCUCUUCCAGCAGGACCAGGUGUCCAUCGGAGCCACGGACACGCUGGAGAAGGACCAAGCCACGGGCAUCUGCCACUUCUUUUACGACAGUGCUCCGAGUGGGGCUUAUGGGACAAUGACCUACCUAACAAAGGCGGUGGCGUCUCAUUUGCAGGAAUUGCUGCCCAAUUCAGGCUGCCAGAUGCAAUAGGGCCUCCAUGCUCUGUCACUUGCCUCCUAGCCUCGGGGGAACUUUCUUUUGCUUGCAGAGAUCCCCUGUGCUGUCACAAAUGCAUACCCCGUGAGAAGCACAGGCACAGAGGAGAUGGCAGUGACAGACCUGAAAGCAGUAUAUGUCCAAGCCACCGGAAGAGCUGCCGACUCCUGUGCCCCCUCAAGGAGUGCCCUGGGAUUGUCAUCUACAUUCGUUCCUCUGGAACGUUUGUCACAGCAUCUGGUCUCCUGCAGUCUGAGGAGGAAUUGGAAAUUGGUCUCUUUUGAGUGCAGAGUGAAGUGAGAAGGCAGCUUAAAUCGGCUCUCGCAGAGUUACCACACAGGUUUGAUGAGCUAGUGACAUAUCUUCACGAUGCAAAGAUGCUUCCAGCAGCAGCACACCUUACGGCGGGGACCUCUUAACAGGAUGCAGUCUGUCUGCGGACCAAACUCUUCACUACGCAGAACAACCCUUUCUGUGGAAAUUAGGUUUUCCCGUGCCUUGCUUUCUUUCUUGGUCUCUUGUUUUAUUGGCCUAGCUACCUUCGUGUGACACAAUUCUAAGGUUUAGAAAACUGCUCCCAGUUAACUUUGGCUCUGGGUCUUCCAGGAAUUUAUCUUAGCUACCCAUGAAUUAGGGGUUUCUCCUGCCUUAUGAAAAAUCCAUAUCUUCCAGAGUCUUGCCCCCACCCCCACCCCCCAAAAGCCAAGUCUUCUUAGAGCUGGACCAGCUGUUCCUUGGGGGCUGGCGUAGGCAGGGAGUCCCUCUGGAAGGCCUGUGCGUCUGGCCCCGCGUGGGGUGGCGGCCCAGCAGCACUUCCUCCAUGUUCUGAGGGAGCCGCGAGGUGAGUUUCUCUCCAGGCGUCACCUUGUGGGGGACAGAGGAGUGGGAUGACAGCCUACAGGGAGAGGCGUUUGUGGGAGUCAUGGACUUGGAGAGAGUCACUUGGCGGCCUCGUGGCGAACUCGGGCUGGUUGAGGGUGAGGGCUUCGAUUGGUGAGGAUUCUGCCUCUGAAAUGGAAACGUGGGCAUUGGGUCUUGGCUCAGAGGAUUGCGUGACGGUGGAGAAAGCCAAAGCUCGGGCUGCUUUGUGGGGACAGUGAGCUGCCCGGGGCCCCUCAGAGGCAAGAUGCAGUCCUGAGUGGUUCCUGAAGCAGAGCAAAGGCCGGGGACGGUUCCUGCUAAAGAGCCUCUCUUCAGUCUAAGCCCGACCCUCGGGAGUUGCCCUGGGGAAAAGUCUGGAAGACCGCUCUCAGGCGGUCCCGGCUCUUGGGAGCGCAGGCACCGUUUCCAUGGGACUCGGAUGCCUUGGUUUCCUGGUUCUUUGAAUCCUCGCCAUGUUCCUUGCUGAGGGACGGAGGACUUAGGUAGAGGCCCUGAGGUCUGACAGCUUCUGCUCCAGCGCACUCUGCAUCCCUUUCCCUUCCUAUUAAACGUGGUUAUAGCAAA